AUGCCCAUUACUACCUUUGAUCUCAAGGAGAAAUACCGAUAUCAGAAUGGCUUCAACUGCUAUUUAGAGUCGGAAGCUGUCGAGGGCGCUUUGCCUAUCGGUCACAACUCCCCUCAGAAGCCUCCAUAUGGUCUCUACGCUGAGAAGCUCUCCGGAACAGCCUUCACUGCCCCUCGUCAUGAGAACAAACAGACAUGGCUCUACCGCGUUCUUCCCUCUUGCGCGCAUCCUCCCUACCAAGCAGACACCAAAGCUGCAUCCCAGGACAACAAAACUCUCGACGGCGCAGAGGAUGGGAAACUACACUACAUCCCCAACCAACUCCGCUGGGAUCCUUUUGACCAUAAUGAGGCUAAGGAUCAGGACUUUGUCACUGGUUUGAGACUUGUUGCUGGGGCAGGCGAUCCUACGCUUAAGGAGGGGUUGGGUAUGUAUAUCUAUGCCGCAGGCAAGAGCAUGGAUGAGAAAUCAGCAUUUUACUCGGCCGAUGGUGAUCUUCUUAUCGUUGCUCAAGAAGGUGCUCUUGAUAUCCGCACAGAGUUCGGAUGGCUACUUGUGAGACCCAUGGAAAUUGCUGUCAUUCCCAGAGGCGUCAAGUAUCAAGUCCACCUGCCCUCAGGUCCAGCUCGCGGUUAUGCUUUGGAGCUGUAUCAAGGACACUUCAAUCUUCCUGAGCUUGGCCCCAUUGGAUCUAACGGUCUAGCCAACGCCCGAGACUUCCAAUCUCCUGUUGCGUGCUUCAGCGAGGACUUUGGCGCUACGGCUUCAGAGGGAUCAGGCAAGUAUACCGUGUCUGUCAAGUUCAACAACAACCUCUUCAAGACUGUCCAAGCACACACACCCUUCGACGUCGUAUCUUGGCACGGAAACUACUAUCCUUACAAGUACGACCUCGGUCGCUUCAACACCAUCGGCAGCAUCUCCUUCGACCACCCCGACCCCUCCAUUUUCACCGUUCUCUCCGCCCCGACAAACACCCCUGGUACCGCCGUCGCCGACUUUGUGAUCUUCCCACCGCGCUGGCUCGUCGGUGAAGAUACAUUCCGACCCCCAUGGUACCACCGCAACACGAUGAGCGAGUUCAUGGGUCUUAUCCAAGGUGGCUACGACGCGAAGAAGGGCGGUGCAGGAGGUUUUGUACCUGGAGGCGCGAGUCUGCAUAAUGUCAUGAGCGGACAUGGUCCUGAUGCGGAGAGUUAUGAGGGUGCUAGAAAUGCGGAGCUCAAGCCUGUCAAGGUUGGAGCGGGUAGCUGUGCGUUCAUGUUUGAGAGUUGUUUGAUGGUUGGUGUUACGCAAUGGGGAUUGAGGACGUGUCAGAAGGUGCAGGAGGGAUAUAAUGAGGAGAGUUGGUGUGGUGUUAAGAACCAUUGGAAGAUGCCUGAAGGGCUUAAGGUCAAGUCCCAUAUGCUGUAA